AUGUGCUCCCGAUAUUUCAGCGUCAUCACCCACACCGCGGAGAAAACACUAGAGGACUAUCUUGCCUUCUUCCAAGCUAUCGUGAUCGCACACUUGCUGCUGGUGGUGCUUUAUGCUGUGCAGAUCGCUUUCCACGUGGUCCUGAUGGAUAGCGACAAUCACACAGCCACCUUCACUGAUAUGCUUGUGCUGGCGCUGGGGGCGUGUGUGGUUUUGCUAUGGCUCGUCGAUGCAGCACUUUCGACGCACUUUGGCAGCCGUCUGCGCAAGGCCUCGAUCAGCGAUUCCGUGAACCCAGAGAAGGUAGAUGCUCUCGUCCACAGGAAUCGAGUCUGCACUGCAGUUGGCUCCUUUGCACUUACUAUCUACCUGGCCCGCUUCUGCGUGGAGCUCUUGCAGGCCAGUCAACAAGGGCAGAUGGCCGCAAUGCAAGAGUGCAUCGUCGUCCUCGCACCGGUGCUCUUCGUCAAGGUGAUUCGGCUUCUGACUUUCCACUCCUUCGGCUGCUGGGUCAGGACCACUGCUGGCACGGCCAGCGUUUGA